UGUUUUUCAGUUUUCAUUUUUUUUCAGAACACAGGAAUUUUCUUUAGUCUUUGCUUUGUCUCCAAGCCAUGUUUCUCCUUCUUCGUCAAAGGUUCUUGACUUUUUCUAAAUAGUUUUUAGGGACUGAAAAACUUGUAUAACUGGAAUUGGGUGUGGUGUAGAAUUCUGGUUUAAUGGUUGUCUUGGUUUAUAGGAAACUGAUAUGGGUUUAAGAAAAAACUGAAAAAGAGUUCGACGAGUAUUUUGGGCUGCAAAGUGAAGAUUCAUGGAGGAGAAACCGUUCCCUGCUUGGUCAUGCUCUGUGGAGCAGUGUUUGAAAGAGUACGGUGUCAAAUUGGAUAAGGGUCUAAGCACUUAUGAGGUUGAAAGACGGCGUGAGAGGUAUGGUCUGAACGAGCUUGCCAAACAGAAGGGGAAGCCCUUAUGGCUGCUUGUGUUGGAACAAUUUGAUGACAUGCUGGUAAAGAUACUCUUAAUUGCAGCCUUUAUAUCAUUCAUUUUAGCUUACAUGCAUGGAAGUGGAUCCGGUGACUCGGGGUUUGAGGCCUAUGUUGAACCGUUAGUGAUAGUAUUGAUCUUAGUCCUUAAUGCAAUUGUGGGAGUAUGGCAAGAGACUAAUGCUGAGAAAGCACUUGAAGCCCUUAAGGAGAUGCAAUCUGAAUCUGCAAAGGUUUUGAGGGAAGGGGACUCUGUGCCUGAUUUUCCCGCACGAGAGCUUGUCCCGGGAGACAUUGUGGAAUUGCAUGUUGGGGACAAAGUUCCUGCUGACAUGAGAGUAGCCACUUUGAAAACCUCAACCCUGAGAGUUGAGCAGAGCUCAUUGACUGGAGAAGCAAUGCCUGUUCUGAAAGCUACCAAUCCUGUAUUCAUGGAUGACUGUGAGUUGCAGGCAAAAGAAAAUAUGGUUUUUGCAGGCACAACAGUCGUGAAUGGUAGCUGUGUGUGUAUUGUUGUUAGUACUGGGAUGACUACCGAGAUAGGGAAGAUACAGAGACAGAUACAUGAGGCAUCUCUAGAAGAGGAUGAUACUCCCUUGAAGAAGAAGCUGGAUGAAUUUGGAAACAGGCUUACAACUGCCAUUGGGCUUGUUUGUCUCAUUGUGUGGCUUAUUAAUUAUAAGAACUUCCUCUCCUGGGAUGUUGUGGACGGAUGGCCUACAAAUGUUCGAUUCUCUUUUGAGAAAUGUACCUACUAUUUGAAGAUAGCUGUUGCCCUUGCAGUUGCUGCAAUUCCAGAAGGCCUUCCUGCUGUGAUCACAACUUGUUUAGCUCUUGGUACAAGGAAAAUGGCCCAAAAAAAUGCAAUAGUACGGAGGCUUCCUAGUGUUGAAACAUUAGGAUGCACCACCGUGAUUUGUUCAGAUAAAACUGGGACCCUGACCACAAAUCAGAUGUCUGUGGCAGAAUUCUUUACUCUGGGUGGGAAAACCACUUCUUCUCGAGUUUUCCAUGUUGAAGGAACAACUUAUGAUCCAAAGGAUGGUGGAAUUGUUGAUUGGACUUGCUAUAACAUGGAUGCUAACCUGCAAGCCUUGGCUGAAGUAUGUGCAGUUUGCAAUGAUGCUGGCAUUUUCCAUGAUGGUCGGCUUUUUCGAGCUACUGGUUUGCCCACAGAAGCAGCUUUGAAGGUUUUGGUUGAGAAGAUGGGGAUUCUAGAUACCAAGAUGAGGAACAAGGUCCGUGACAUGCAUCUUGCUGCAAACUAUCUGAUUGAUAACAACACAGUUAAACUAGGCUGCUGUGACUGGUGGACCAAAAGAUCCAAAAGGGUUGCCACCUUGGAGUUUGAUCGCAUCCGGAAGUCAAUGAGUGUUAUUGUCCAAGAACCUACAGGGCGGAAUCGGCUCCUUGUCAAGGGGGCUGUUGAGAAUCUGUUGGAGCGCAGUGCAUAUGUACAACUUGCAGAUGGAUCUCUUGUUCCAAUAGAUGAACCUUGUCAGCAACUAUUGCUUUCCAAACUCUCGGAGAUGAGUUCUAAGGGAUUGCGAUGCUUAGGAAUGGCAUAUAAGGAUGACUUGGGAGAAUUUUCAGACUACUGUUCUGAGACUCAUCCUGCCCAUAGGAAGUUGCUUGAUCCAGCUGGCUAUUCUUCCAUUGAAAGUGACUUAGUCUUUGUGGGAGUUGUUGGCAUCAGGGAUCCUCCACGUGAUGAGGUUCACAGAGCAAUUGAGGACUGCAGAGGAGCAGGGAUUAAGGUUAUGGUGAUAACUGGAGAUAAUAAAUCUACAGCUGAGGCUAUCUGUCGUGAAAUUAAAUUGUUUUCAGCAACAGAGAAUCUUAGAGGGAGAAGUUUUACAGGAAAAGAGUUCAUGGCUCUUUCCACUUCACAACAAUUAGAAACUUUGUCAAGACCUGGGGGGAUGGUUUUCUCUCGUGCUGAGCCAAAGCAUAAGCAAGAAAUAGUCAGAAUGUUAAAGGAGAUGGGGGAAAUUGUUGCAAUGACUGGAGAUGGUGUGAAUGAUGCUCCUGCACUGAAACUUGCUGACAUUGGAAUUGCCAUGGGCAUAACUGGAACUGAGGUUGCAAAGGAAGCUUCAGACAUGGUUUUGGCUGAUGACAAUUUCAGUACUAUUGUAUCAGCUGUUGCUGAGGGUCGCUCAAUUUAUAAUAACAUGAAAGCUUUUAUCAGAUACAUGAUAUCAUCCAAUGUUGGAGAGGUAAUAUCCAUAUUCUUAACUGCUGCUCUGGGGAUACCUGAAUGCAUGAUACCUGUGCAACUUCUAUGGGUCAAUCUGGUCACCGAUGGUCCCCCUGCAACAGCUCUUGGAUUUAAUCCUGCUGAUGUUGAUAUUAUGCGGAAACCACCCCGCAAAAGUGAUGAUGCUCUAAUUAACUUCUGGGUUCUCUUCCGUUACUUGGUAAUUGGUUCCUAUGUGGGCAUUGCAACUGUUGGCGUCUUUAUCUUGUGGUACACUCAAAGUUCUUUCAUGGGCAUCAAUCUUGUUAGUGAUGGGCACACAUUGGUUGAGUUGUCUCAGCUUCGCAACUGGAGGCAGUGCUCGACAUGGUCAAAUUUCACUGCAGCUCCAUACACAGUUAGUGGGACUCGCCAGAUCACCUUCUCAAAUCCUUGUGACUACUUCACCACAGGCAAGGUGAAGGCAAUGACUUUGUCACUCUCUGUAUUGGUAGCAAUCGAGAUGUUCAAUUCCCUAAAUGCACUUUCCGAAAACAAUAGCCUGGUUACAAUGCCACCUUGGAGGAAUCCUUGGCUUCUGAUUGCCAUGUCAGUUUCACUGGGACUUCACUGCCUAAUACUCUAUGUCCCAUUCAUGGCAGAUGUUUUUGGUAUUGUUCCGUUGAGCCUGAAUGAAUGGUUUUUAGUCAUUUUGGUCUCGGUCCCUGUUAUUCUUAUCGAUGAGAUUGUUAAAUUUGUGGCAAGGAGUGGAAGGUACAGGAAAAACAAGGAGAAGACAGCAUAACUCAGUUUGUGGUUGGAUCAAAGAAUUUCCACUCUCCAGAUGCAACACCCACUGAUCAAAAGAAGCAUCCGGAUUACAUUAACUUGAAUUCUUUGCUUCUAUACUUCCUUUUUUUAUUUUCAAUAAAUUUUUUUUUUUUAUUGUAGCAGUAUACUUGGUUGGUUCUAAUUGAUAUAUCACACAGAAGAAUUGAAUAGAAAGAAAAAAAAUUU